AUGUACCAAUUAUUUAGAAACAACGAUCUCAAAGACUGAGCUUGGACUAAAGUAACGCGUCAUCCUAACCACACAGCAUGGCGCUCGCUCAGUGCCCGGCGAAGUCCGGUGUGCGACCUGCCGCAUCCGGAGCGCUUCGUCCUUUUGUCUCCCGAAAAGCCGUUAUUUGCAACGCACAGCUCAAGUCGAACCUGGGCCAAAAGCUCGCCAGCGCUGGUGCUGCUGCCCUGCUUUCGCUGGGUGCGCUGGGAGCUCCUGCCAUUGCUUCGGAGUUUGACGUGUUGUCGGAGCCAGUGCCAACCACCAACUAUUUUGUGGAUGAUGCAAACGUUCUGAGCAAGUCAACGCGCAGCGAGCUGAACAAGCGCCUGAAGCUGCUGGAGAUCCAAACCGGCUACCGUGUGGAGGUUGUGACGGUGCGCCGGCUGGAGUUUGAGACGGACGCGUUCGCCUUCGCUGACAAGGUGCUUGAGAACUGGUACCCCAGCUCCGAGACCGGCCGCAACAAGGGCAUGCUGCUGGUGGUGACCUCCAGCAAGGAGGGCGCCGUGACGGGCGGGCAGGCGUUCAACGAUGCGGUGGGCGACGACCUGGUGGACUCGCUCAUCUCCACCAACAUCCCCAUCUUCACGGAGCAGGAGAAGUACAACCAGACGGUGCUCAGCUCGGUGGAGCGGCUGGAGGCCAAGCUGCUGGGCAACCCCGUGCCGGAGGCGCCGGUGCGCAGUGAAGUGAGCCGUGAGCGCAACUACCGCACAAAGGAGGAGACGGACAAGAGCCGCAACGUGACCAGCACUGUGGUGGGAACGCUGCUGCUGAUCGCGGUGGUGGUGCCCAUGCUGCAGUACUAUGGAUACACCGCCAAGGAUUAGGCAGCGGGCAGGAAGCGCUGAGAAUUUAGGCAACUUCGCGCGCUAAGCUACCUGACCAGCAGCUUGCUUAUUACGCUGGAGCUGCCGUUGCGUGAACGAGAAGAUAUUACGAUGGUAUAGCUGAGAAAGGAGACACAAUUUUGCCAUGGGAUGCGACGCUUGAUGAGAAGAGAUCGUGGGCGACCGUUGUACGUGAUCUGGCGCGAUCACGGUUGUCGGUUGAUUCGUUGACAGCCUCUCGCCAGGAAGCGUUGUUGAGAACUUAACCUUUUAUGUUGCUGAUAAGCAUUGCUGACGGGCUUGUCGUUCCCGCGGUAGAGAAGAUAAUAUUCACCGGAGCUUCCUGCCCAAGACGCACGGGGCUUGGAACUUCUUGCCAAUUUUCGGGCUUGCCGUACAUAUGCAACAGCCCCUCCUGCUUCCA